AUGGUCACUUGGAACGAAAUAACUAUUCCCGAGACCCCUUCUCCCAACUUUGUCAUUGUCAAGAACAUUUCAUUGCAAUCGUCGGAAAAGACAGUCAAGGAAUUCUUUUUGUUCUGUGGCAAAAUCAAGGACUUUGAGUUGAAGACAGAUGAUGAUGGCACCCAUCAAAUCGCCCUGAUCAACUUUGAACGAGAAUCAGCUGCAAAGACUGCCGUACUUCUUAGCAAUGCAUUGAUCGAUGAUUCACACAUUGCAGCUACACCCUACUUUGAAACUGCUAGCAGCAAUGAUGAAACGACGGGCGAGACUGAAACAGCCACGAGUCAGGAGACCAAGGCUAAAUCUCGGAUUGCAGCCGAGAUCUUGGCCAAUGGUUAUUUGCUUCAGGAUCACAUUGUGGCCAAAGGCUUGGAAUACGACAACAAGUAUAGCUUGACAUCUCGUUUCAAUUCAUAUCUCUCCACCUUGCAGAACAAUGUCAAGUCAUUUGAUGACAAGUAUCGCAUUUGGGAUAAGGCCAUGGAGUACAAUGAAAAGUACAAGAUCCAAGAAAAGGUUACCAAUGUAGCCCAAGUCGCUCAAUCCAAGGCCGAAGCUGCUUUACAAACACCCACUGGACAAAAAGUCAAUGUGCUCGCUCACCAGACCUUGGCUCAAAUUGCCGCUGUUCAUUAUGAAGCUAAGCGAAUUCGGAGUGAAAAAUUGGUAACCCAGAUGAAUCGCAAUGGCACUGCUGCUCCAGCUGAACCCGCUACCACGACAACCACCGCUCCCACAAGCACCACGAGCGUUGAGCCUGCUACGGUUGAGCCUGCUGCCUAA